GCUGCCAGCUCUGUUCCCUUCUAGUUCAUGCUGUAGUCUAUGUCUAUAAUCUCAAUUAGUAGUUGACAGUACUAGUGUUGACAGUGUAAACGUAAACAGUGCGUAAACAUUUGUGAAAUACACUACUUGUCAACCUUUUCUGUGUUUUUUAAAUAUUAUCAUGGAGACAAUAUUAGAACAACAGCGUCGUUAUCAUGAAGAACGAGAACGUUUGAUGGAUGCAAUGGUUAAAGAAAUGCUAUAUAAAAAAGGCGGACAUCGUGAAAUGGUAAAUUCGGAGCAUCGUUUAAAAAUUCUACUCGAUCAUUUUAUGGACAGUACAACUCAUCUACAAGAUCUUUAUGAGGAUAAGGAUGGUCAGAGAAAAGAAGAAGUUCAAGCUCUUUCGGGACCUAAUGAAUUUUCCGAGUUUUACGCGAGAUUAAAAUCAAUCAAAGAAUUCUAUCGUCGACAUCCCAAUGAAAUUAGUGUGCCCAUGUCUGUAGAAUUUGAAGAACUCGCAAAAAUGAGAGAGAACCCCAGCGAGGAAUUGUCAAAUCUAGUCGAAUUCACAGAUGAGGAAGGCUAUGGAAAAUAUUUAGAUUUACACGAGUGUUAUGAAAAGUAUAUUAAUCUGAAGGGCGUUGAGAAACUUGACUACAUAACCUAUCUUUCGGUGUUUGAUCAUCUCUUCGAUAUUCCCAAGGAUAGAAAAAACGCCGAGUAUAGACGUUAUGUUGAAGCCUUACUGGAAUAUCUCACUGAAUUCCUAGCCAGAGUUCGACCUCUUCACGACCUCAAUGCUGAUGUCGAGGAAGCAAAUAGGGAAUUUGAAAAGCAUUGGGAAAACAAUACAUUCCCAGGUUGGCCGAAGGAAGCCGGAAGUGCUUUGACUCAUGUAGGAGCACACUUGGAAUUGUCUGCCUUUUCCUCGUGGGAAGAAUUAGCAUCUUUGGGUCUCGACAGACUCAAAUCUGCUCUUAUGGCUCUUGGUCUGAAAUGCGGAGGAACGCUGGAAGAAAGAGCGCAGAGGCUUUUCAGCACGAAGGGUGAAGCCAGUCUGGAUCCUGCACUUCUCGCCAAGAAAAAACAGCGCAAGCCGGGAAAAGGAAAGGAUGUCGAGAAGCAGAAGGAAAUCGCCAGACUCGAAGCACAGGUUUACAAAUUAGCAGAAUUAGUGUCGAGUCAGAGAGUCGCAACGAAGGAAAAUGUGCAGAGAAAACAAGCACGAACUGAAGGAGAGCGAGGAGAUUCCGACGCAGAGGCCAGUGCAUCCGAUUCCGAGGACGACGACGACAACGAGGUUCCUUACAAUCCCAAAAAUCUACCUCUAGGUUGGGAUGGAAAGCCGAUUCCCUACUGGCUUUACAAACUGCACGGACUGAAUAUCAGCUACAAUUGCGAAAUCUGCGGAAACUUUACGUACAAGGGUCCCAAGGCUUUUCAGCGGCAUUUCGCUCAGUGGCGUCACUCUCACGGAAUGCGAUGUCUCGGAAUUCCAAACACUGCACAUUUCGCCAACGUCACGCAAAUAGAGGAUGCCUUGGUCCUGUGGGAGAAGUUGAAAGCUCAAAAGCAAGCUGAACGCUGGCAACCUGAGCAAGAAGAAGAAUUUGAAGAUUCGCUCGGAAAUGUUGUUAAUCGAAAAACGUACGAAGAUUUAAAACGACAAGGACUUUUGUAGAUUCUUUUUCUUUCUGUACUAAGUGACUUCAGUAUGGAUUGUGAUGUAAUUUAAAGAGAACCUAAUUUUAAUUGUCUUGUAGUAGGCAAAUAAUAUUAAUUCAUUCCUAGACGAUUUUCUCUAAAGAAUGAAGAUGAAAUGUAAUUCUCCCAAAGUAUGAAAGAAUAAUUUAUACUUUAUAAACUUUGUAUUUACCAUUAGUGUGUAAUAUAAAGAAUGGACAGUGUACAAAUUGUAGCUUAUCAGGGUGUCCAUUAAAUUUUCAAUUUAAAUUCUUAGGGAAAUAAAAAUACCCUGGAAAUAUCAAAA